CUUUCCCUCUCUCUCUCUCCCUCUCUCUCUCUUCCCCUCACACUCUCUCCCUCUCUCUCUCCCUCAUCCUGUCCCUGUGUGAAUCCCAUUGUGUUCUUCAGAUGGAGAUUAUUCCAAGAGCCUCAGACACAGACUUUGGAGCUCUGUAGCUCGGUCCGGGAGAUAAACGAUGGCCGAUCAGGAUAGCGACUUGUUCUUCGACCCUUCCUGUGACGCGCUAACGACGUCGGAGGCCCUGCCGUUUGAGCCGCUCUUCAUCCACGAGGAGGAGGACGGGGAGAAGGAGACGCAAGCGCCGGCGGAGGAGCAGGAGGAGGAGGAGGAGGAGGAGGAGGAGGAGGAGCAGGAGCGAUUCGAGGACUGCGUGGAGGAGUUGACGUCGGCCCUGGGCUUUUCGCGGAGGUGCCGCGCCGCCAUGGAGGAGGAGUUUAGCGGCCUCAUGGCCCAAAUGAUGGCCGAGAUCGAGGAGUACGACAGCCUGCUGAACUGCGCCUCCCUGGGAUGCUGCCCCCCCCUGGGGGAGCAGGGGGGCAUCUUGGGGGGCAUCCUGCCAGCCGAGGACUACUGCCUCACUGCAGGGCAGCAGGGGGGCAUCUUGGGGGGCAUUUUGCCAGUCGAGGACUACUGCCUCACCCCGGGGCAGUACGGGGGCAUCCUGGGGGGCAUCCUGCCAGCCGACGGCUUCUCACCUCUAGCGGGUCAGUGCAGUGUGGUGGGGGGGAACAGCGGAGGUGCAGCAGGUGCACUACCACAGCAGGGGGCGCUAAAGAGUGCUGGAGACACAGGGCUGCUGCCCCUCACAGGCGAGGGAGACGAGUCGUCCCGGCAACGCACGUCGGGGGAACAAGACAGGCGCAAUAAGAACGGGGACGGCCGCGCUGCCGUCAAUAUGGCAGAGGUGAUGCGUACAUCAGGGUUGGGUUCUGUGACUCCUGGGGUGGGGGUGAGUCCUGUGACGGAGUUGACUCCUGGGGUGGGGCUGAGUCCUGGGAUGGAGGUGACUGUCGAGGCAGGAGAGGGCCCUGUGACGGAGGUGGGCCCUGUGACGGAGUUGACACCUGGGGUGGGGGUGAGUCCUGGGAUGGAGGUGACUGUAGGGGCAGAGGUGGACCCUGUGACGGAGGAGACUGUGGAGUCCGAGGCGGUGGUGACGCGGGACCUGGGUGAGCUGGGCGCGCUGUUCGAGGGCUGCAUCGCGGAGGUGGGCCGUCUUGAGCAGCGUCGGGACGAGCUGGUGACGGAGCUGCUGGAGCUGGAGCGCCCCCUGGCGGAGGGGGUGCAGGCGCUGCGGGACGAGCUGACCGAGGCCCACACACAGCUGCACCGCUGCGGCCUGCAGAAGGAGGACCUGAAGGACAGCAUCCGCCUGCUCAAGAGGCAGCUGUUCGCCGUGGCCAGGGCCUGCGCUCAGAGCCAGGUGGAGCUGUCGUCACGGAAACAUGAGGCACAGAAGCUGAGCAAUGUGCAGGAGGAACUGCAGGCACAGGUGCAGGCUCUGACGGACGAGGCAGCCCACCUGCGCUCGGAGCACGCGGGCCGCCUGCAGAGUCUGCAGGAGCAACAGGAGGUGCAGGAGAACUCAUCCUCCUCCUCGACAGACCUCUCCGACGGCCGCCGCGCCUCCUGCGACCUGCAGCAGUACCUGCAGGGGGCGCUAAGCGCGCUGGAGGAGUGGUACGAGCCGCGGCUGGUGGCCCUGCUGAAGCGGAGGGAGGGGGGCCAGGAGGCCCUGCAGAAGACGCGCGAGCAGGCCCAGGGGCUGCGCACUCAGCUGGGGCCCCUCAGGGACGAGCACGACCGGCUGCAGCUCCAGAGGACCUGCCUGGAGGAGCGGUUCCACCUCAUGGAGGACCAGCGCAGGGAGACCAUACUCCACUACAAGGAGACGGUGCAGCAGCUGGAGGAGAGCAGUCGGCAGCUGAAGAUGGAGCUGCAGAUGCAGCAGAGGAAGACCAGAGAGAUGGAGGCGGUGAAGAACAACCUCUUGAAGCAGCUCUGCCUCUACAGAGCCAGCCCAGAGAACCAUGAAGAGGUGAAGCCACCAGCUCUCGGAGACCACAGCAACCAGCAGCCCUCUAUGGUGGAGGUGCAGACCUGAGACAAGUCAAUGUGUGUGUGUGUGUGUGUGUGUGUGGUCGAGGGUGUUAUGCGAGUUGGGUGUCAUGGGAGAGGGGGUUGAGCAUGUGCUGUAUGUGUGUGUGUGGGCCGAGUAUGUGUGCUUGGAGUGUAUGUGUUAAGUAUGUGUGUGUGGGGGGAGAAUCAGUAAGGUUUGUCAGCAUGGAAUGGCUUCUUCUCUUACUUCAUACCAGAGGCAAAAGCUGCACUGAAAUCCACUUGAGCUCUAGCUCCCCCAUGUGUGUUGGAGUGUUUGUAGAAAAGGGUUAAUCUAAGCCAGGGGUGUCAUAGUUACGGCCUGGGGGCCUGGGGGCCAGACCCCCCCCCCCCCCCACAGAUAUUUUGGGUAAGAAGGGAAAAUAAAUAAUCUACUAUGACUGUAAUAAGCAAUGGCUCAAAGACAUACAAUAAUUAAACUUAGCACUACAAACCACCUACAGGAAGGAAGAUUCCGAAAAAGAAACGCGUGGUUUGCUGCGCUAACAAUUCCAUAAUCAUGUUGGCGUAUACUACUGUACUCUCUGUGAUGGUGAAACCCCAUCUUCCAAGAGUCUAGUUAUGUAAAGAAAGAGCAGCACAUGACAUCAGCACAUGAUGAACCUAUAUGCCUUGUUUGCUCUUAAGUGGGUGCAGUAAACGAGUACAGGAAACAACAACAUACCAUAAUAAUGACCCCACAAGGUCUCAUUCCAACAAAUCCGGCCCACUGCCUAAUAUGAGUCGGACGGACACCCCUGUUCUAAGCACAGCUCUCAGAAUGUAGAUGUCACUGUUUACUUUUAGAACCUGGAGUGACUGCUAUGUAGUACACUGAAUAUUCUAGAACAAGCUGCUCCUCUUGAGUGGGUUGAAAUAAUCAGGCUUUAAUAAAGACUUUGAACAAAC